AUGGAACUGAAUUUGAUUACUCCCGUCCCCAAAGGCGCCGCAUGGCAGCCAGGGGAUGAAAGAAUUCACAAUCGACUCUGGAGAGUCACAGGACCUUACGAUUCCAAUUCCAAGGACCUCAAGUUUCAUUGCGUCUCAUAUGUCUGGGGGCUGGGUGUCGAGAAGAAGGGAGCUUUCUUCAACUGCCAAAGAGACAUAUCGGAUCAAACAAGACCGGUCCUUGAGGCUGUUAUCCGAGCUGCCGAGGUGUUGCACCGCGAUCUAGGAGGUGAGAAAAUUGAAGGAUUCUGGAUCGAUGCACUUUGUAUUCCUCAUUCAGAGGGGUCGCCAAGAUUGAAGACACUUGAAAGCAUGGGCUUCAUAUACAACGCAGCCAUGUCAGUGAUCAUUGCCCUGAAACCUUCCGUCUGGAAAAUUGUGCAGCAUGCCUCAGCUACAGUCUCGCCAGAACCUUUGUCACUUUCAGACAUGCAAGUUCUCGAGGAAGACGCCUGGAUCUCUCGAGUCUGGACGUACCAAGAGCUUGUCAACAGUCGCGCAACGUACUUCACAACCCCAGUUUCUGCGGAGAAUGCCAGCGUUCAAGUCGUAGUCGAAGCCACCCAAUUCUUCAACUGCGUCGGACACUCACUCUCUUGCUACAAGCGAAACAAUCACAUCUCCGACAGCACUGCUGUGGCAAUCUUCCCUAAUCUGAACGUUCUCGAAGAUACUCUGCUCGACAGCACCUUGAGCGGCUAUCUCGAGCGUCCCGCUCUGGCAAUAUUGUCAAAUAUCUCGAUGCGGACUUUCGACGUAAACUUUCCUCAGAACAGACUACUUGCUUGUAUCGGAGCGCUGACGAAAGAAGCCAGUUGGGGUCCGCCAUCUUCCAGCUUGGACGAUUUAGCAGAGAGGAUCAUGGGAAUCUGUGAGUCGAAAGGAGACUACUCUUUCAUCUUUACCUCAGAUCGACGGAGUGAAAUGGGUGGUAAGGCUUGGCGGCCAAAUAUGGCAGCGGGUAAAGUUAGUGAUGGUCCUACUCAUCUUGUCCCUAUCAUCAACUGGUACAUCCAUAGUGAUCCAUUUGGUGAGACUCAACGGGCGCGGAAAGAUGCAGAUGGUUUCUGGCUACAGGAUAUGGUCCCUCUCAAGCUGGCACGGAGUAUGUCUGCGGAAGCAGUAGUAGGGCUUGACAAAUUGCUCUGGGGGUAUACAGAUCCAAAGGACCUCAAAAUUCGUAGCAAAGGCAUGUUUGGCCAGGAAGACAAGAAAGAGGAGGGCAAUGCCGCUUUGGUGAGAUUUCUAAAGCAGGUUGGUUUCGACGGCUGCUGCGAACCACUAGUUUGCGAAACCGGUUUGUUCUUUGCCCAGAAUGACCUUGGGAACUUGGAAGAUAUUGAAAUAUUUGCCGCCACAAACAUAGGGUACUAUUUUGGUGCUCCCGGGUUGGCUCGGUGGAAAGAAGGUCCUGGACGGGAUGCGAGAUAUUGCGCUGGUGUAUUUGUGGGGCUUGUGAAGAAGGAGCUUUCUCAAUCGCUGCUGAUGAUCUAG